GACAGGGCCUUUUCGUUGCUUUCCAAGUGAGAGGGAAGAGCGUGCAUCUUUUUCACAUCCAUUCACAAACGUCAUAAACACUCCACGGUAAAUCCUGUGCACCAGCGCAAGCACCCGUUAAGUACAAAGACCUUCUUCCUUCUCUGCAUUGGUACCCAAGCCACAGACCACAAACCAUCCAAAUCCACCACUACCACUUUACACAUCCAUCUUCCUUCACCAUCCCACUGCAAACCAGACCAGAACAAACCAUCCAUCCAUCCAUACACAGACACUCAAACACACACUUUGCGCCUUCAGCUUCACGUCUUCUAUACACACAUCGAACAGUAGAACCACCUUCCGAGUAUCCAGCACAAGCUCAGCAUUGCGCAUUGCAUAUACAGCAACCAAACCAAACCACCACACCACUCAAACCGCAAGCAAACAUGUCUCCCAACGUACUCGGCGACAAGGACGUCAACGCCACCGUUGUCGUCAGCGACCCCCAGUCCACCAAGGACCUCAAGAGCAUGGAGUACCACCGCCAGGUCCUGCAGAACAAGAUGGCCCAAGAGAAGUCCAAGACAUACAUCUCGCCAUCUGACAACAUCAUGAGCCCCUGCACCGCCAAGCUCAGUGCCCUUCGCAACAAGCAGGUUGGCAAGGUCAAGCCCAAGUCCCUCUUCGCCCAGACUUCAGCCAAGAAGCUCAGAGGCGACGCCGCCGUGUUCGGCGACCAAGCAGGCACGCCCACCAAAGACAGUGCCUUCUAGGCAGCGUCGUCGCAUCUUCUUCUGACCAAAACAACAUAAAAGCUUCACUUCACUAAUGGGAUUGGCUCGCGGGUUGUUUUACUAGUUUUGUCUCUUCCAUUUUUUGGGAAAAGAGACACUGAAUUUGCGCCUUUGCUGGCUUUUCCGGGCUGUUUUUGAGGGUGGGAUAGGGUUCAUUGGCGUUUUACGGGUAGACCGAAGUCUGACUCCAGGAUAAGGGGUUGGGUUGUACUACACCAUGACAUGACACGAAACGAUAUCAGGC